AGAAAAGCCAGCCCGUUUUUUACUCUGAAAUAUUUUUAUAGUCGGAUUAAAGUUCUGGCUGGCUUUGCCACUGAAUAUGUGAACAAUUGUAUAGUUUUGGAAAACGUCAAACCUUAGAAGAGUUUGUUAAACAUAGUGUGCUCUUUACCUUUAAUUUGAAUCAAAACAUCUUCAGUGUGAUCAAUUUUUAUGCUUUCUGCUCAUAACCAGUCCCCCCGACUACUGAGGGGAGCAAUCAUUAAUAACAAACAGUUAUAAUGUCCUUUAUUUUAGUGAAGUUUUGAUGAAGACUCUAGUCUUCAUUUGUACAGUUAAAAAUAUAAGUGUCACAUGUUUGAAGUGCCAUAAAUGCCCCUCCCCAAACAAAAAACUUGCUGGCGCCUUAGUUCAUAACUCGUAGUGUCUAACGUAAAUGAUUCCCCGGUUGUUGAAACGAGACUGGCAUAUACCGUCCGACUAAUGAUAAACCGAAACUAGUCUAUCUUUUGUGGAUAUUUGUCAUGAAAACAGGUGCUGCCGGUCCCAAAUUCAUUCGAUAUACUGUGGAUGUUGUGAGGUAUGUGUAAUAAUGCGCUAAAAUCCCGUGUCAAAAUCCUUGGUGUGCUGAUGAAAUCCGAUUUUGUGUGAAUGGGAUUUUAGUCUCUUUCCAAAAAAAUUGCGUUCGUUUUUGCUCGCGCAAAUAUUAUAAACGCGUGAGCAAACGAGAGCAUGUGUAACGGGCAACUGAAAAUUUUUUGUCAUUCAAACUGCAACUUUUCAAAACAAGAGCUGCGAAAGUAAACACGGAAAAUAAGAUAAGUCGAUUCUCUUUUUUGCUGAUAAUUUACUUGUUGACAACUUUCCAUGUUCGAAAUGAAUUCUAAAUGUGACUUUGAUUUUGACGUAGAUUAUUUUACUUGGCUAAAAGAUCCAAAGCCGCAACAAGAACGCCACGAGAAAUUUUCAUCAAGUGAACAACAGAAAGGGGAAGGAGGUCGCCGCAAAUGGAAAGAUAUGGUCCUAAACGAUGUAAAAUUACAAUGGUAUAUCUCGGUGCGAGUUGAUAUUCCGUUGUACAGGGACUACGAAACGAUGUGUUUGUUUCAUAACCAUUGGAGCACUACGUACGACGAUUUAAAACUGCUACGACGAAAGGGUGGAUUUGACUCCGAAAGUCUCCCGCGAUCAAAUUUCCUUACUUUUGGAGGCCAUUGGAAUAGAAAAAUACGCUCCUGUGAUAAUCCCGACUGUUUUUUCGAAGACGGCCAUAGUUAUGUUGAUUAACUAAUUUAGAAUCUAGUUGUACAAUAAUAUUUACUAAAUUUUAGGCAAUGUAUAUUAUAAUGUAUUUAUAUAAUUACACUGAUUGAUAUAUCAACUUUGUGGAAACCAAAUAUUCAUAGGUCUUAGAUUUAGACUAUUGAGUUUAGAAACAUGCCAUUAGACAAUAUAGCAAUUA